CUAACCUAAAAAAUCCAAGUCUCAAAAAUCAACAAACAGAACAUUUUCAGGCAAAAUAAUAACUGUAAUAAUUGAAAAUGUCCUUGUUUUUUACUCAUGAACAAGUGAGUUUAGAAAAAAAUGUAGACACUAAAGUCAUAAUUGAGAAUGAACCAGAAAAAAUUCGAGGUCUGUAUGAAAUUGAUCGAUGUGUAUCAUGGAUCAAAACGAAUAAUUUCAGACGAGUCUGUUUACAAUUUCCUGAUCACUUGUUACCUGAUUCUGUAGAAGUGGUAUUCAAAUUACAAGAAGCGCUAGAUCAACCUGUUUAUUUAAUGGGUGACACUGCUUAUGAAAGUUGUUGUCUAGAUUUCAUCGCUGCUGGACAUAUUGAAGCCGAUGCUCUUAUUCAUUUUGGAUCUAUAUGCUUUUCACAAAGUGCUAAAAAACUGCCCUAUUUGAACAUAUAUGAGAAACAUGAUAUUGACAUCAAGCAUUUGGUGAAAUCUAUUGAAACAUUUUUAGCUGGAAAAGAUAAGACUGAAAUUUAUUUAUUGGUGGAUACACCAUUCAUUCAUGUUUUAGAUUCUAUCCAAGAAUAUGUACCCAAAAACAGUAACGUAAAUGUCUUAAGACUUGAUAUGGAUAUUGACUAUUCCAAAACUGGAUUUUAUAUAUUUAUUGGAAAUAAUAGCCGAAAGAUGGAAAAUAUAAUAUUUUCAUUGGAUGAGCAAAACCUUUACCAGUAUGAUCCCUCAGCAUCGAGUGAAAUAGUGAAUUUCAAAGAAAACCCUGCAAUACUGAAGAGAAGGUAUUAUUUGUCAGAAAAAAUUAAAGAUAGUCAAACAUUUGGCAUAGUCAUGGGAACUCUAGCAGUGGAUAACUAUUUGAAAGUUCUCAGCAGGAUGAAGAAGUUGCUCAAGUUGAACAAAAAAAAGUUUUAUGUAUUGAGUGUUGGAAAAAUUUCAGUUGCCAAAUUGGCAAAUUUUCCUGAGAUGGAUGUUUUUAUAGUCAUAACAUGUGCGAUGAAUGAGGUAUAUGACAGUAAAGAAUUCUACAAGCCAAUAGUCACCCCAUUUGAUGUGGAGAAAGCUUUUAAUCCUGAAUCGCAAAGUUUGAAGUUCACUUACGAUUACAACAGUUUUCUUAAAAGUGUUUCCGAUAGCUGUGAAAUCAAGCCAUUAGAUGAGCCUGAUGUUAGUUUGUUGACUGGAAGAAUGAGGUCAAAUCAGAGUGAAGAUUCAGAAGGAACAACCGCGGAAGAAAACAAUGAAAUAUCGUUGAAAUCCAACGGUGUUUUGGUUGAAAAUUCAAAGUUUGGUGCGGGAUAUCUUGCCAACAGGAGUUGGACAGGACUUGAGCAGAAUCUGGGACAAACUGAAAUCCAGUUAGCUAAGGAAGGAAGGAGAGGAAUUGCCCAGUUUUAUUCUAAUGAAAUCGCAGGGGAGGAAAAUUCGUGAAAGAAUUGAAAUAUUCCGACAAGCAUAUAGAAAGCUAGGGGGUAUUUAGAGCUAGAAAGGAAGGUUUACAACAUUUUCCUCUCAUAUUUUUUUAAAUAUUCAAUGAUUAAUGUGUUAUGUUGAGCUCCUAGCUUAAAAAAAGCUACAUUAUUUUUCAGGAAAAUAUUCAUAUCUCACUGAGACUUUACACCUAAGCACAGAGUUGAUAAAUGUAUUUUAUUUAUUGCAAUACUUGUUGACGUUAAUAAAAAACUCAAAAUGCUA